AUGGCAACCUUCUUCUCUGACCUGGUUCCGUUCAGAGGAUUAUUUCAAAUGAUCUUAGUGCUGGGAAUUGGUGGUAGUUUUCCAUAUGGCUUCCACAUUUCUGUAAUCAACUAUCCUUCUGUGCACAUCAGGAAGUUUAUUAAUGAAACCUGGAUAGAGCGACAUGGCUCUCCCCUUCAUCCUGAGACAAUCAUGCUGCUGUGGUCCUUCAUUGUGUCUGUUUAUGGGAUAGGAGGAUUUCUGGGAAGCCUCUGCUGUGGCUACCUGACUACAAAAUACAGGAAAAAAAAGUGCCAAAUGUGCACCAACCUGAUCAUGCUGGUAGCUGCACUUCUAAUGGCCUUCAGUAAAACAGCCAAGUCCUUUGAGAUGAUUCUGGCCGGACGCUUUCUCUAUGGCAUUGGUACAGGUUUUUCUCUCAAUAUACAUCCUCAGUAUGUAGGAGAGAUCUCACCGAAGAAGCUGCGUGGAUUUACCAAUUCCACAGUUGCUGUUUUUCUGACACUGGGCAAACUCACAGGACAGGUUAUUGGACUACGGGAGAUUUUAGGAAGUGAAACUCUGUGGCCGUGGUUGUUAGCAUCUAGUGGACUUUCAGCAUUGGUUCAACUGGUUACUCUCCCAUUUUUCCCUGAUUCACCAUCCUACCUCCUGAUACAGAAGGGUAAUGAGGAAGCCUGCAGGAAAGCCAUCAGGAAGCUCUGGGGGGAAGGAGACCAUCAAGCAGAAAUCGAUGACAUUAUGAAGGAGAAGGCUGCAAUGACAAGCACAAAAUCCUUGCGUGUUCUUGAAGUAAUAAAAGAGCGGUCUCUGCGCUGGCAACUGUACAUUUUGAUGACUGCCAUGACCACCUUGCAGCUCUGUGGAAUCAAUGCAAUAUAUUUCUAUUCUUUUGAAGUAUUCCACACAGCCAAGUUUGAAGAAUACCUUAUCCCAUACGUGUCCCUUGGAGUGGGGUUGUGUGAAUGCUUAUCCUCUAUACUGUGUAGCACCCUCAUAGACCGAUUUGGGAGGAAGGUGCUCCUAUUGGGAGGAUACACACUGAUGUGUUCUGUGCUGGCACUCCUCACCAUGACCCUGUCACUGCAGCAUCAGUUUUUCUGGAUGCACUACUUCAGUGUUAUCUUGAUCUUCCUAUUCGUUAUCUUCUACGGAAUUGGACCAUCUGGAGCCACUAUAUCUAUCAUGGUCGAAAUCUUCAGCCAGUCAUACAGACCAUCAGCCUUCUUGAUUGUUGGCUGCAUCAACUGGAUGGGACUUUUUGUGCUUGGGAUGGUUUUUCCAUUGAUUGUGGAUAACCUUGGACCUUUCUGCUUCCUUAUCUUUUUGGGAAUCCUUGCUUUAUCAGCAAUUUUCAUCUACCUGUAUCUACCUGAGACCAAGGGAAAGUCAAUCAUGGAAAUAAAAGCAGAGUUCAACAAGCUGAACUUUGGGAAAAAAGAAACCUCAGCCACUGAAAAUAACCUUCCUAAGGAACAGUUUUUCUGCACCAAGCUCUGA